AUGCCCUGCGACGCGUCGCAGCUCACGCGCACCGAUCUGUAUGGCAAGUACGUCGAGGCGGUCGAGGCGGUGGCGGCGGCCGUGCGCGGCAAAGAGGAGGCGGAGGCCGAGCUGACGGCGGUGGUGCGCGAGGUGCAGGCCAAGGCGCCGCGCAUUCUCGAGAUGCGGCGGCAGUACGAGGAGCUCGUCGCGGCGCACGACGGGCUGUCGACGCGGCUGCACGCCGCGAUGGUUGAGGGCGAGGCGGCGGCCGCUCACGCGGCGGCGCUAGAGACCAAGCUUGCCGCGAGCGACAGCGAGAUCGGCGCGCUGCGCGCGGAGAACGCCGAUUUGUCGCGCCAGCUGCAGCUGGUGCUGCACGAGGCGCAGCGGCGGGCGGCGGCGGAGACGCCACGCCAGCGCAGCGGCGGGACCGCCUAUGGCCUCGCGGCGCUGCGCGCGCCGCCGCCCACCCCGGCGUCGGGCGUGCCUCCGCCCCUCUUUGGCAUGGGCGGCGCGGGGUCCCCCGCCACGCCGCUCGCCCCUGCCCCGUUUGGCGGCGCGGCCGUCGAGGCGGAGGCGCCGGCGGAUUUGGCGACGCCCGGAGGCGUCAUUUCAGCGCGGCUGGUUCCCUUCCGGGACGUCGCCGAGAUGCAGCAGCGCAACGCAGAGCUGCUGCGCGCGAUGCGGCGGCUGGGCGACGCGCACGAGACGGCGCUGCGCGAGAAGGAGCAGGCGGCGAGCACCGCCGUCGCCGCCGCGAUGGCGGAGGUUGAGGAGCUCCGCGCAACGGCGGCCAAGCAGCAGCAGGCGCGCCACCGCGCCGCGGGACGCACCGGGACGGCGAGCGUGGCCGCUCACAAGCGUCACGUGAGUGCGGCGGCGGAGACGGAAGCGGCGUUUGCGGCGCAGCUGGCGCGCGCGCAGGAGGCUGAGCGGGUGGCGUUGCAGGCCAAGGCGGCGGCCGAGGCGCGCGCCACCGUGCUCGAGGCGCGUGUGCAGUCGCAGGCUGACGUGCUCGCUAGCGGCGGGCAGGAGGCGGCGGCGGCGCACGAGACGAGCGCGACUCUCUCCUCGCAGCUUCUCGAGCUGCAGCGCGCGCUGCGCGAGCGGGGCGAGGCGCUGGCGGCGGCGCAGGCGGACGCGCGGCGUGAGGCGGGCCGUGCGGAGCUCGAGCGGGAGCAGGUGAGCUUGUUGCGCGCUGCUGAGCAGCGGCAGCGCCACGAGAUGCAGGAGCAGGCGCGGAGCGCGGCGCAGCUGCGCGAGCUGCUGAGCCACUUGCAGGAGAUGCAGAAGUCGCAGGUGCACGCUGAGGAGGUGACUUCGGGCCGGCUGCAGGGCGAGAACGAGCGUCUGCAGCGCGAGUGGCUCGAGGCCAAGGCGGCGACUUCCCGCGAAGAGGAGCGGUCGGCAAAGGCGGCCGCUGAGGCGCCGCAGCAGCUCACCGUAGACAGCCGAAUGGCGUCGCGAAAGCUCGCUGCGGCGGCCGAGGAGCGUGAGGUCGUCGAGGGGCAGCUCAGCGCCGCGCGCGACGAGGCGGCGGCGCUGCGCACGCAGCGGAAGCGGGCCGAAGAGGGGCUCGCUGCGGAGAAGGCGCACUCGGCGCAGUACCGAGCGCUCGCCGCCGCCGCCGAGAAGGAGCGCGACGAGCAGCUGCAGCUGUCUUCUCAGCUCAAGGAGUCGCUCGAGGCGCGCGUCGCCGAGGCGGAGGCGGCGCGAUCCGCGGCCGAGGAGCGGGUGGCUGGCAUCCAGCAGACCGAGGGGUCUCGCCGCGCUGAGGCGGAGUCGCUGCGCUCGCAGCUGUCCGCCGCGAAGCAGGCGGAGGCGGCCGCGGAGGCCAAGGCGGCCGAGAUUGUGGGCUCGGCCGAUGCGGUCGCGUCGGAGCACGCGGCGGCGCUCGAGGCGUUGCGCGUGCAGCUCGAGGCGGCGCGCGGCGCCGAGGAGCGCGCCGUUGCCAAGUACCGCGCCGAGCUUCAAAACCACUCGGCGGACACGCUCGAGCUGGCAAAGGCCAAGGAAGCGGCCACCUCCGCGACGGCCGACGCGCAGGCGGCUGCAGCGCGGUUGGGCGAGCAGACGACGCAGCUCGAGACGCUGCGGCAGGCGCGCGACGCCGCGCGCGCCGAAGUGGAGACGCGGGAUUCGGCGACCGCGCUUCUCGCGGUGGUGCAGCGCGACAAGGAGCUCCUGGCCAAGAAGGUGGCGCUCGCGGAGCUCGAGGAGCUCGAGCGGCACCGCGAGGCUACGCAGGUGCGCUUGUCAGAGGCGCUCUCCAAGGCGCGCGAGCUGCAGCUGCUGCGCGACUCGAAUGCGAUGAUGGCGUCGCGCGAGGCGUCGCGCGAAGCGGCCCUCGCGGCGGCCAAGAAGGAGGUGGCCGAGCGCAAGGCGGCGCUGGAGCCGCUGCGCGUCGCGGUGGCCAGCAAGGCGGCGGAGGCGGAGGCGUUGGCAGGGCAGGUCGAGACGCUGAGCAAGGAGUCGAAGGAAUGGCAGGAGCGGGUGCGCAAGCUGCUGGCCAAGGACAAGUCGACCGUCGCGGCUGAGCAGCACGACAAGCUCGUCGAGGAAAAGAGCGCGCUCGCGGCGCAGCUGCAAGCGGCGAGCGCCGCCAAGGAGAAGGCCGAGGGCGAGCUGACCGCCGCCAUCACGCUGCAGGAGCGGCUGCGCAAGGCCGGAGGCACCUUCAAGACACAGGCCAAGGAGCGCGAGCGCGAGCGCGACGCCGAGCGCGAGGCCAAGGCGGCCGAGUCGGGCCGCGCCGCCGCCGCCUCGCUCGCCGAGGCGCAGGCAAAGUCCGAGGGUGCGGACAAGGCGGAGGCGGCACUGCGCACGGAGCUCGCCGCCGCCAAGGAGCUGAGCCAAAAGUACUUGCGCGGGUACCGCCAGGCCAAGGAGCAGCUCACCUCAAAGACGAGAGAGCUUGAGGCGCUCAAGUCGGGCGCGCGCAAGGCAGCGACGGGCGGCAGCUACUACAAGGUGGUCGAUGGCGUGCGAUACGACGCGGGGCUCCUCGACUUGGCGGAGGAGCUCGCGGCGGCGGGUGGCGGGUCGAUCGACGCCGCGGCGGCGCAGAGGCUGGCCGAAGCAGCGGCCGACGGGCCCGGCCCGGCAGACGGCGACCAAGAGGCCGACGUUGAGGAGGGCGAGGUCGACUAGGCGGCCUCUCUUGGCGCAGUGCCGACGCGCGCCCUCGGUCAGUGAGGGUUAGGCGGUUCGCGAGACCGAGAGGAGCAGUUCAGCCAAGCCAAGCCCGGGGGCGCCAAGGUAGCCAAGCCCUGCCGAGGCCAAGAUACAUACGCACGGGUUCUCACGUGAUGCCACUUGACUCUUGAGCAUACGGAAAUGAUGUUUACUGCA